CUCUCACUUUCCCAAACCAACCACACUACUCUCUCUUCCCAUUUCUCUCUAUCUAACCUUCCUUCCAUGGCUGGGAAAUCCAUGCAGGCGGUCCAGUACAGCGGUUACGGUGGUGGAGCUGCGGGCUUGAAGAUAUCCUAAUGUCUUCAAGCUCACAAUCAAGGUGCAGAAGCAAUUUGACACUUAGGAAGGGCAGAUUCAGAGUUCCAGCUACCUUUAUUAGCAUGAAGCAUGCCGAGGUUCCAAUUCCCUCACCAAAGAAAGAUGAGAUUUUGUUAAAGUUGGAAGCAACAAGUAUAAAUCAAAUUGAUUGGAAAGUUCAGAAAGGCAUGCUUCGGCCAUUUUUGCCGCCCAAAUUUCCAUUCAUACCAUGUGUUGAUGUAGCAGGAGAAGUUACUGAGGUAGGUCCUGGAGUGAGCUCCUUUACAGCAGGUGACAAAGUUGUUGCCAUGCUUAACCUUCCGAAUAGUGGUGGUCUUGCCGAGUACACCGUGGCACCAGCGGCCUUUACAGUCAGUAGGCCUUCUGAAGUAUCUCCAGCUGAAGGUGCUGGCCUGCCCACUGCUGCUGUUAUUGCCCUCCAGGCACUGAAGGCUGCUGGGACCAAGUUUGACAGCACUGAUGAGCCAUCAAACAUCCUGAUCACCGCCGCCUCUGGUGGCGUGGGACAUUAUGCUGUCCAGCUCGCCAAGCUUGCAAACCUCCAUGUGACAGCUACCUGCGGUGCUCGUAACUUAGAGCUUGUGAAGAGUCUGGGUGCAGAUGAGGUGCUGGACUACAAGACUCCAGAUGGUGCAAGCUUGAAGAGCCCGUCGGACAGGAAAUAUGACUCUGUUAUCCACUGCACCACCGGCAUUGCCUGGUCCACCUUCGAGCCUAAUCUGACUGCUAAUGGAAAAGUCAUCGACGUAACUCCAUCCAUCAAGGCUGUGGCUACUUCUGUCUUCAAAAAGGUGACCUUCUCCAAGAAGACGCUGGUGCCGUUGCUGUUAUCACCAAAGGGGGAGGACUUGAAGUUCAUGGUAGAUUUGGCGAAGGAAGGGAAGAUCAAGACAGUGGUGGAUUCGAGGCAUCCUUUGAGCAGAGCAGAGGAGGCUUGGGCUAAGAGCAUAGAUGGUCAUGCUACAGGGAAAAUUGUUGUGGAAAUGUGAAAGGUCUUCGAGUGGUGGUGUCUCGAGGCAUUUAUCAGAGAAUAAGAGGACAAUGUGGCUGCUGCUGUUAGGAGGCUGUCGUUUGAAGCUGUCGUUCUAUUGCAUUGUGUGUGUGGUGCAAGAUCAGGUUUGAGAGUCUUGGUUCUUGCAUGUAGUAGUGAUUGUAGUAGUGAUUGUGCCAAUUAUUUCUGAAUGAUGCCCCAUAAACUUGCUGUAUUUGUUUCUCUCGAAAAAAAAACUUGCUGAAUUGAGGCUUUCUGAAAGUAAUAUGAAUAUCCCAUGUUCAUGGUUGAUACUUGCUA